AUGGAGUUUGCUUCUUUUUCUCCAUCAUCAUCAUCAUCUUCGUCCUUCUUAAAAUCAGAACCCCAAUUCAUAUACGAUGUGUUCAUCAACUUUGGGGGAGAAGAUAUCGGUAGAAAGUUCGUUUCUCAUCUCCAUUCUGCCCUUUUACUAGCUCAAGUCAAAACUUUUAUUAGCAAGGAGAAUCUUGAGGGAAUUAAGCUGGAAGCAUACAGGAGAGCAAUAGCAAGCUCUAAGAUUGCAAUAAUUGUUUUCUCCAAGACAUACACUGAAUCUACCUACUGGCGUCUUGAGCUUGAAAAAAUCAUUGAAUGCCGCCAAACAUUUGGACAAAUAGUUCUUCCACUAAUUUACGAUAUUGUCCGAUUGGAUGAACGUCAUCAGAUGGUUGUAAGGGUGUUGGAAAAAGCUACACCAGGAAGCUAUUCAGGAGAACAACUGGAACGUCCAAUGUCCAGGUGGAGAAGAGCACUAACCAAAGCUGCAGGUAUCACUGGUUGGGAUUUCAGAGAUUUCAGGCACGAUGCUGAACUUGUGGAGGAAAUUGUUAGACACAUUCAAACAUUGCUGGACUAUACAGACAUGUCUAUUACCCAAUUUCCUGUUGGAUUAGAGUCCCACGUGGAAAAGUUGAUUGGAAUGAUUGAAGAACAAUCCACUGAAGUCUGUAUGAUAGGGAUAUGGGGAAUGGGAGGAUCGGGUAAAACUACCAUAGCCAAAGCAAUCUACAAUCAAAUUUAUCAUUCAUUCAUUGGUAAGAGUUUUAUUGAAAAUAUUGGACAAUUUCGGAAUCGAGUAGACAGAAGGCAUGUUCAUUUGCAAGAAAAUCUUCUAUAUGAUGUCUUAAAAUCCAAGUUUGAGGUGGAAAGCGAUAGGGUGGGAAGAACUAUGAUCGAGACUCAACUUUCACGAAAAAAGUUGCUCAUUGUGCUUGAUGGUGUGAAUGAGUUUGUCCAAUUAGAAAACCUAUGCGGGAAUCGAGAAUGGUUCGGUCAAGGAACUGUGAUAAUCAUUACAACUAGAGAUGUUACCGUGCUGAACCAAUUAAAAGUUAAUCAUGUGUAUACAAUGGAUGUUAUGAACGAAAAUGAUUCCCUUGAGCUUUUAAGUUGGCAUGCCUUUAGAGAAGCGAAACCAAGAAAAGAAUUGAAUGAACUUGCAAGAAACAUAGUUGGUUAUUGUGGAGGGCUACCAUUAGCUCUUGAGUUCCUUGGUUCCUAUUUAUGUGAUAGGACAAAGGAAGAGUGGGAAAGUGUAUCGUCCAAACUAAAAAUAAAUCCCUUUAAUCAAAUACAAGAGAAAUUGGAAAUGACUAGUUUUGAUGGUUUGGAUGACAUGGUAAAGGAUAUAUUUCUUGAUAUAUGUUGUUUCUUUAUUGGUAAAGAGAGGAGCUAUGUUACAAAAAUACUAAAUGGCUGUGGACUGUAUGCUGAUAUUGGAAUAACAGUUCUCAUAGAACGUGGGCUCAUAAAAGUUGAAGGGGCCAACAAACUUCAAAUGCAUCCUUUGUUACGAGACAUGGGAAGAGAAAUUAUCCGUAAAAGAUGCCCGGAGGAACCAGGGAAAAGGAGUCGAUUAUGGUUUCAGAAUGAUAUAAAAGAUGUAUUGAAAAAGAAUACUGGAACAAAAGCUAUUCAGGGAUUAUCCCUGAAACUGCAUUCAACCGGUAGAGAUUGCUUUGAAGCUCAUGCUUUCAAGGAAAUGAAGAGACUAAGAUUUCUACAACUGGAUCAUGUACAACUUACUGGUGAUUAUGGGUACCUUUCUAAACAACUGAGAUGGAUUUCUUGGCAAGGGUUUCCUUCUAAAUACAUACCAAACAAGUUUCAUAUGGAAAAUGUAAUUGCAAUUGAUAUAAAACAUAGUUAUCUUCAACUCGUCUGGCAGCAACCCCAGGUUUUAGAGCAGUUAAAAUUCCUUAAUCUUAGUCACUCCAAGUACUUAAGAGAAACACCAGACUUUUCAAGACUACCAAGUCUUGAACGGCUCAUUUUAAAAGAUUGCCCAAGUUUGUGCAAGGUACACCCAUCCAUUGGACAUCUCUACAAUCUGCUACUGAUAAAUUUGAAGAACUGCACAAGUCUAAGCAGUCUCCCCAGAGAGGUAUAUAAGUUGAAAUCUUUAAGAACUUUAAUCCUCUCUGGUUGUUUCAAGAUUUACAUAUUUGAACAAGAUAUAGUGCAGAUGGAAUCCUUGAUAACUCUAGUUACUGAAAAUACAGUAGUGAAACAAGUGCCCUGUUCAAUUGUAAGCUCUAAAAGCAUUGCAUAUAUAUGCCUACAUAGAUUUGAAGGAUUGCCAGAAAAUAUUUUUCCUUCAAUCAUUCAAUCUUGGAUGCCACCAACAAUGAAUCACCAUUAUUAUAAUAGUCCGGUUUGCAUGGGUAUGGAGAAUUAUAAUUCGCGUGACCUUGCGCCAUUGCAUAGGUGCCUUGCAAAUCUUCGAAGUGUUUUGGUUCAAUGUGACACAAAGUUUCAACUACAUAAGGAAGUGAAAACAAUUCUUGUCGAAUACUUAGUAAACUUUACAGAAUCAAGAAUUUCAAAUCAUCACUUGAGGUUUUCUCUGAUUGGUGUUGGAAGUUACAAUAACCUCCAAAACACUCUCAGCGAUAGCAUUUCUGAGGGAUUGGCAAGCAGUGAGUCUUGUGAAGUUUCUCUUCCAGGUGACAACCAUCCUUAUUGGCUGGCCUAUAUGGGUGAAGGACAUUCUGUUUCUUUCACUGUGCCUCAGGAUUGUGACAUGAAGGGAAUGAUUAUAUGCAUUGUGUAUUUAUCAAACCAUGGAAUCGUGCCAACUGAAUGUCUUACAAGUGUCUUAAUUGUUAAUUACACAAAGUGCACACUGCAUAUACACAAACAUAGUGCAGUAAUUUCUUUUAAUGAUGAAGAUUGGCAUGUUAUAAUAUCAAAUUUAGGAUCCGGAGAUAAGGUGGAGAUUUUUAUGACUUUUGAUCAUAGAUUGGUGGUCAAGAACACAGCUGUCUAUUUGAUAUGUGAUGAAUCAAAUGGCUUGGAAAUGGGGCCUUGCCCAGGAAAAUGCUCUGAAUAA